AUGGCCGCCACGCUCCACGCCAAGAUCAACCGCAAGCGCCUCGACAAGCUCGACAUCAUCAAAAUCUGCGAGGAGAUCCUCAACCCGUCGGUGCCCAUGGCGCUCAGGCUCUCCGGGAUCCUCAUGGGUGGCGUGGUGAUCGUGUACGAGAGGAAGGUGAAGCUUCUCUACGAUUCUCACCGUUUCCGACUGUUCCUCGCAGAUGACGUGUCCCGUCUCCUGAUUGAGAUCAACGAGGCGUGGAAGAUCAGGCCGGCCGUGGACCACACCGUCCUCCCCAAGGGCAAGGCUCAAGCCAAGUAUGAAGCAGUAACACUGCCAGAGAACGCGAUGGAUAUGGAGGUGGAGCAGCCCGUGCUUUUCACAGAUACUGAUACUGCCAGGUUCCGGGGAAUGCGCCUGGAGGAUUUGGAUGAACAGUAUGUCAAUGUCAACCUGGAUGAUGAUGACAUCUCUCGCGCCGACCGUCAUCAUCAAGCUGAGGCAGUCAACAUUACCCUGGUCGAUAAUUUUGAGUCUGGUCUUGCUGAAACUGACAUCUUCAAUCGUUUUGAGAGAUUUGACAUAGCAGAUGAUGACACCACAGUCCAUAUUACUCUCGAUGAACACCCAGAGGCUCCAAGUACACUAGUUCCCUCUCCACCAAGGCCAGAAGACCCUCCUCAACAACAGGAACAGUGUGCUGCCCCAUCCUCCAUCCGCGAAGAACCUCAACAAGGUGAAAUUAAGCACAUGACUAGUAUAUUUGAUGAUGCUACAAAGUUGUACCACUGGACCCAGUUCAGCUACUCAUAUACUAUAGGGCAAGUAUCUUCUGCAGGGGAUUCAUUGAAGGAGCAAGAGGAGCAGAAGACGACGGAGCAACAACCAACUAAACGAGCAAAGAGGAAAGCACGCGGCAAGGGCCCCCAAGUGAUCAUGGACAACCAGAUAAUGAUCCCAGGAAAUGUAUAUCAGUCAUGGUUGAAGGAUCCAUCAAGCCUCAUCUCUAAAAGGCGUCAAGUCAGGAGUAAAAUCAAUCCUAUUAAGGCAAUUAAGAUAGGCGAGCUCAUGGACUUGCCACCGUCUGCCCUAAUGUCUUGCUCCGAUGACUCACAAGAGAUAUAUUACCCUCAGCAGCUUAUGCAGCUCUGGAAGGAAUGCACCAAAGUCAAGCCCCCAAAGCCCUCAUCUUCUUCAGGAGAUAAAUCAUCAUCAUCAUCACAAGAAAAGCAGCCGAGAAACUCUCCGCCUCAGCCUCAAGGAGAUCAGAAUGAAAUGGGAGCUCAACCAAUGGGCUUCACACCAAUGGACUUCACAGAUGGCAUUGAAAAGAUGAGAGCAAACAAGAGUGGAGAAUUUGAAGGUGUUUUUGAUGGUCCGCAUGGUGACCCUAGUGUUACACCUGGAAGUCCUGGGCUAAGUCGCAGGUCAGCUUCAAGCUCUGGUGGCUCUGGAAGGGGGGGAUUUCUGCCAUUGGAUCCAGAGAUACUGUUACAAUCUGGAAGCGGAAGGGCCAAGAGGAGGCAGCUUUCAUCUGGACGGAGCUUGGGGAACCUUGAUCCAGUUGAAGAGGAAUUCCCAAUGGAGCAGGAAGGGAGGGAGUGCAAGCUGAGAAGGCUUUCAGAUAUUGAACCAACUCCUGAUCUUAUGGUAGAAACAGAACCCACUCAAACCCCGUUCACAAAGCAAUCCAGUCCUCCCGAUCACAUCACUGAAUCAAUUCACUCGUACCUAAAGCUCCACUUCGAGAGCCCGGAUGCCCCGCCGUCUGAAUCGCUAAGCCAGCUAACUUAUGGGAUGAAUACAGCACAGGCUGCCCGCCUAUUCUAUCAAACAUGUGUCUUAGCAACGCUCGACAGCAUCAAGGUCACGCAGGUGCCGGUGGGCAAUCGCCCUCCCUUGUUUGCUCCUAAAAACAAAGAAGCUUGCUUCAGUAUUCAGGCAGUUGUUGUCGCUUUGUCAUCCGGUUUUGCCUAUCGGGAAAAGACGCGAUUCUUCUGUGUUCUUGAAGUAGGCGCCGGGAUGUCCGAAGUUGAAAGCAUGGGCCUUAGUCACACCCUGAUCGUUGUCGACGGUGUUCGGACACGCAAUGGCGGCAUCUCAGGAACAUGGAAUCUGCAGCAAAGGAUUUCCGUGGAGGCGACGACAAGGCGGCUCAUGAACCGGAAGGAAUUUUUCGGUUCGGGCCGGAAUUAUGGCGAUAAGAACGGGGGCAUUAUUCAGAGAAAGGUGCUUUGUUGGGGCAAGUGGGGGUUCAGUAAAGCUGGGGAAGCAAGGGAAGUGGGAGAAUUAGUGAGGCAUCGGAUUCUAUUCGGGAACAAGCGGCACAUAUCCGUUUCUUAA